UAAACAAGGAGCAACGCCCACUUUUUGCUGCAGCUCAAAAUGGAUGAGCCAGAGAUUGUCCAGCAACUGCAUGCACAAGAGAACAACAACCCAAUAGGAGUAUAUGGCUGGAGAAAAAGGUGCCUGUAUUUCUUUGUUCUGUUGCUGGUGGUUGUUUUGCUGGUUAACCUUGGACUUACCAUAUGGAUACUAGUGGUGCUACGCUACAAUGUGAAUGGUAUGGGCUCACUAAGACUUACAGACAAUGGGAUCAGAGUGGAAGGACAAGCAGACUUUAUAGGCCCCCUGUUUGCAAAUUCCAUAUCGGCAGAUCAAAGCUCUUCGCUGCUACUGCAAUCAAGUGAAGCAAUUGAUGUCAAUGUGGAUGGAAGUUCUUCUCUAAGCCUCAGCAAUAGCAUGUGCAGUAUCACUGCCCCUUUGCUACAGAUGCUUUCCUCCUCUACUGGUGGUACCCCUGCUCUUAGGAUUGAUCAUCAGGGGGUCUCUGUGGGGGCAGCACAUUUGGACGUCAGGGGGGCACUGGGACUCACUCUGGGGGGACCACUAGAAACAGCACAGAUAGUAUCAGUUCCAGGGGACAAUUUGCAGCUUUUGUCUCCGUCAGGGGAGAUGACAUUGAUCGGAUCUCAGGGGGUCAGAAUUCAUGAUGGUACCGGGUUCAACGGGAUCGAAUUAACUUCUAACGACGAUAUCUCCAUCACAUCAAGAAGUGGAGCGGUGUCCUUAGACGGUCAAAACAUUAAUCUACCCAGACUACAGAGAGCAGGUUCUGGAGGUAGCAUCUACGAAGUAUGUGCUUGUUCCAGUGGUGAGCUAUAUUUGGUGCCAUCAACUAGUAGCUGUGACAAUCAUAAUGGCAUCUGCAACUGAUCAUAGCGCUUAGCUGGGAUUUACAGCUCUACUUACAAUAUCGUCAUGCACGCAUAUUUUGAUACAAAAUAAAUUGUCAAUUGUUGUAUUGA